UGUCACAGACUUAAAUAUAGAUAAUAGGGUGCAUUUGAAUCCUAUUGACAUUGGGAUUACCUCUAAUAAAGACUUAGUUAUUCCCUUUUGUAUCGAACUUCUUCUAGAUGUUGGAACAUCACGGACUCUUAACUGCUAUCUGCAUGGUAAAAACCUUUGACUGGGAGAAGAGAGUUGGUUUUGAUGAUAAUUCAACCACAACUUUUUUCUGGGUUUAAUCUUAUAUGAUGAAUUUAUGGACGGGAGAUUGAUUAUUUCGAGUCAGACUAUAGAAGAAAAAAAAAACUCAACCGCCUCGCAUAUGUAAAAAUGCAGAUAUGGUUACAAAGGGCGACUGCAAUCUUAAAGCAAAAGAAAUAGAGAGGGUGAUGCAUUCUCAGUUAACUUUCUACAGUAAAAUUGAUGCGAGAGUGUCUUUCUUGUACUCGGCUUGGAGUGCUUCGGUCAAUGAAUCAAUGAAAGGCGAAGGUGAACUGCUGCAAGGUGCUGGAGUGACGAGAUCUAAUGUGCCAAAAGCCCCUCACUUGGAGAAUUGCAAGUUGAGUUCACAAGUCAACAAGAAUCUUGAUAAGCGUAUCGAGAAUGAGAGCUUCCCUCCGUGGACUCUGUGGAAGGGAUUCUUGCAUACUUACCCAUUGUUGACAGCUGGUGAGCGGCUGAAGUCUGAAGGUGCAUAUCCUCCGUGCGUAUGUAUCUUCCCAUAUAUGAAACUUUAGCUGCAUGGGUUAUGA